GGAGAAGUUCGGGGGUCAGAAAGACAGAGGGAGGAGAAGGACCGGACUCGAACUCGAGCACAGGAUGGCUCAGUCCGCUUUCAGAACCUUCCAGCGGUGCUUUUAGUCUCCGAGUGGAUUAAUUUGGACUCUUGAGAGAUGAGUGAGAGGAGGCGAUCGGCCGCAGCUCUGAGCUCUAGAGCCCACGCGUUUUCCGUGGAAGCCCUGAUCGGCUCCAACAAGAAGAGGAAGCUCCGGGGCUGGGAGGACAAGGAGCUGGAGCUGUCCAUGGAGAGUCUGGCCGCGGACGGAGAAGAUCCGGCUCACUGUCUGGACAUGGACCCGGACUCCGAGGCGAGCCCCGGCUCGGACGGAGAGGGCCUGGCCGAGAGGACGUCGUGCUCCUUCGGCUCCCCCGCCGACCUGGCCCCGGGCCCCUGCGACGCGUCCCCGCCGGCCUCCAUGGAGGAGAUCCAGGUGGAGCUGCAGUGCGCGGACCUGUGGAAGCGCUUCCACGACAUCGGCACGGAGAUGAUCAUCACCAAGGCGGGCAGGAGGAUGUUUCCGGCUAUGAGAGUCAAAAUUGCCGGCCUGGACCCCCAUCAGCAGUAUUACAUCGCCAUGGAUAUCGUCCCUGUGGACAACAAGAGAUACAGGUAUGUGUAUCACAGCUCCAAGUGGAUGGUGGCAGGAAAUGCCGACUCUCCGGUACCUCCGAGGGUUUACAUCCACCCAGACUCUCUGGCUUCAGGAGACACCUGGAUGAGGCAGGUGGUCAGCUUUGACAAGCUCAAACUCACCAACAAUGAGCUGGACGAUCAGGGACAUAUCAUCCUCCAUUCUAUGCACAAGUAUCAGCCUCGUGUUCACAUCAUCAGAAAGGACUUCAGCAGUGAACUGUCUCCYAACAAGGCCGUUCCCACCGGGGAGGGGGUGAAGACCUUCAGCUUCCCUGAGACCGUCUUCACCACCGUCACCGCCUACCAGAACCAGCAGAUUACCAGAUUAAAGAUUGACCGCAACCCGUUUGCCAAAGGAUUCCGAGAUUCAGGUCGAAACAGGACUGGCCUGGAGGCCAUCAUGGAGACAUAUGCUUUCUGGAGACCUCCAGUGAGGACCCUGACGUUUGAAGAUUUCACCAAUAUGCAGAAGCAGCAAGGUGGCAGCACUGGAACAUCUCCCACCACCUCCAGCGCAGGAACUCCUUCUCCAUCUGGUGCGGCACACCUCCUGUCCCCCUCCUGCUCCCCACCUACUUUUCACUUGACCCCAAACACAUUCAAUGUGGGCUGCAGAGAAAGCCAGCUUUGCAACUUGGGUUUGUCGGAGUACCCGGCCUGCGCUCGUAGCAAUAUGGCGGCACUGCAGGGCUACGGUGGCCUGGCUGACAGUUCCUAUGGACGCCUCCAAGCUGCAGGGGGCGCUGUAGCCUCUGCUCAGCCCUCUGAAUCCUUCUUACCACAGAGGACUUCCUCCUUGAUUGCAGCUGGCAUGCAGGGCAGUACUCAUGCCUCGUUGACCGGGAACGGAGGUGGCAGCAGUGUGGCUGGAAAGAUGGAUGCCUACGGUGGUCAGCUUGGCUCUUUCCCAGCCUCUCAGCUACAGUAUGUGAUGCAAGCUGGUGGUAGCGCCAGCUCUGCACCGUCCUCUUCAUCAGGAUCCUCUCCUUCUUCUGCUCACAUGUUCACUGGAAGCCACCACCAUGUGCAGCAAGGCUCCUACAAUGCUUUCUCCCUCCACAACCCCUACAACUUGUAUGGAUACAACUUCCCCACCUCCCCUCGCCUGGCCGCCAGCCCCGAGAAGCCCCAGGGCGGGUUGCUGUGCUCCUCUGCUCCUGCUGGAGCCUUUGCUGAGCGCCAGUAUUUGUCCAAUGGAAGCAUGGACUCUAUGCACAUGAUUGGCAACACCGGCAGCAGCUCCUGUGAUGGACGUCAGUAUGGCUCCUCCUCUCAGAUGUCCAUGCACAUGGUGUAAAAACMGGAACUGAACACCACAGAGAUCCAUGUUGCUGAACAUAUUCAGGUGAAAAUCAAAACUCGUACCAAUAAUAUUAUGCAGUGCAUUCAGAAAUGCUCCACCAUUCACAAAGCAUAAGAAAGUAAGUAGCAGUGUUGUAUGAAAAUCAUAGACCAGCUUCUGUCUGACAGCAAACCAACAACAAACUCAGAUCGGUAGAAAAAGAAAGGGCAAAGGCUCUCGUUCAGAGGCGUGUGGAAUAGUUAAGGUGCAAUAACAGAAACAGCUUCUUUAAGUGACUCACUUUUCAUGUUUUGGGACUCAAAGGUCAUUUCUCUCCAUCCUGCAGCCAAAAGAAAUUUUCACUUUGAUCCAGGAGUUUUAACUUAAUACAGCACUUGUGCCGUUUUGGUUCAGGAAUGUCAAAGAGUGAACGGACCGCUGUCAUGGUUGAGGUUUUGAACGGAAUGAAAUCGACAACUGGACAAGCUCUCCAAACAAGUCAUUACACUACAUUCAUGCAGGAGAAGAGCAAUCUGGACAAUGUARCAGAACCAAACGUGAUAAAAAUGAAGAAAAUGUUCUGUUAUUUUAAAAAACUUCUACAUAUGAAAUCAGGACUUUAUCAUACAACUUCAUUCAUGUGUUUUUCCUCAUAGACUGUCACUAUGAUUGAGUGAAUUGUGUUUUCAAGCCUUGAUAUAUACGAAAUGGUGAAUGCAAUCAAUAGGAUAAGCUUAAAAUGUUGUGUGAAAAGUUAAAAAACAAGAGUUAGCAUAAAAGAGUAAACUGUUGUGGUGUGUUUUUGAAAUGUGUAUUUAAAUGUUGGGCAGUAUAGCAAUUUUCCCAUUCAGUCUGUUGAUAAAAUGUGUGAAAAAGGGAAAUAUCAAAGUAUUUCUUCUGUGAGGCAUUUUAAAAUAAAUGUACAUACAUGUGCUAAGCACGUAAAACCCUAAAUAAACAUCUUACUUCAUA